AUGGAAGACGAGGCUCCACUUCUAGUCGACAUAAGCUCUGGCUUCAAGGAAGAUUCGACGCCGUCUUCAAGCCCUAGUCACGACGAAAUAUGCAAAUAUAUCUUGAGCAGGGCGACUUUGACCGCACCACUCCAAAUUCUAGAGUCAUCCAUUCCAAGUGCGGGUCUUGGUUUAUUUGCGACUGAAGACAUUCCCGCUGCCCAGGACAUAUUCACCUCUCAGCCGUUUAUGAGCUGUCCCAUCAGUGGACCUGGCGAUUCGGAAUGCCAAAUCAAAGCGUGGAAGGAGUAUCACAAGCACGAGUGCAAAGAAUUUCAAGCCAAUCCAUCCUUGUACAAGAAAGAUGAGGUACGUUCUAGCAAAAGAGUUGAGUUUAUUCUUCAGAACUCUGAAUCCACCGUGGCGGCAAUGAAUAUAGCAGUUUUGGGCAUGUUCCGAGCCAAUGAGCGUCUCAAAAUCAUUGAAGAAGAAUUGGGGAUGUCACAAAAAGACCCUUCAGUCCUAGAAGACCUGCUAGCAACAGAUAUUUCAGAAUUGGAGUACCUGCUAGCUACAAAGAUGAUAACGCACAUGGUUCCCAUCCAAGUGCCUGAUGGUGGCAGUUUCCAUACGGCUGGACGCUCGCUUGACUUUACCUCUGCUCUGAUAAAUCAUUCUUGUAUCCCAAACACCAUAUUGUUUUUUGAUGGUCGGAUCGCUCGCGCUCGGUCUCUCAAACCAAUCAAAGCCGGUGAGGAACUGCUGCGUUGUUAUGCCGAGAUCAGCCAGCCAAUUCUGCUUCGUCAACAAGGACUUCCAUAUCACGGCGCUUUGACCUCACAAGGCAUCGUAUGUACUAGGUGCGAGGAGGAACUGAAAGAAAUCGAAGAAUGGGGUUCCAAGAAGCCUGAGUUGAAACAUCCUUUAUCUUGUCUCCGCAAGGCCCAGUCGAAACUCCUUAUGAAGAUGUUAGAAAUCAAGGCAGGUCUUAUUACGCCACAGGAAUUGAGUAUCUAUAUCCGACCCCUUGCCAAAGAAUUAUUUCCAGACGGAAUAUGGCCUGACCAUAUCGAACCUAUCCCUCGGAUCAACAAAUUCUGCGGUGAUUACUAUUACAACAAGAAACUCGGCAAUCUGGGACUUAAAUAUCAUCUUCGCGGCAUCUUGUGCAUGGAAAUCCGACAUUGUGCUGAGUUCGUUCGCCUGUUCAUGAUGAUGGUAUACAUGAUGGAUAUGUUUCUUUGGAGCAUGCGCAAAGCAAGUUCGUCUGCGAGGUCUAAAAUGCGCAAAGAGGGUAUCCCAACAGAGAAAGAAAUGACGAUCGUACACCAAGGAUAUGCCCACGAGCUAGCACGGAUUUGCGUCAGUUUGUUUGGACCGGAUAUUGCAUGGUCUAAAGCCAUCGUAGGUCUGAAAGAGAAAGCUUUCAAUCUGCCAGGUUCUAAUCGUGCUCGAUUGAGUGUUAAAGAAUUUGAUGCUGCCCAGUCGAAGCUUCUGGCUUGGGCUACGGUUGAAGAAAAUAGGAAGAUUGUUCUCACAGAUGUUUCGGAUUGA